AUCAUGAUGCAUCGAUCGAUCGUAAUUUAAAGCUUCCUUUGAUGACAAGAGGUGAUAUCGAAAAGGGGUAAAUAUAGGUGAAAACUUUAAGGAAAUCAUGGGAAAGCUUGAAGUAAAAAAUCUACGGAUUUUGUCAUUGGCUCAGUGAUUACGCGAAAUUGUAGUCGCACGUUUGCUUGCCAGGGAAUGAUUCAGCGGAGCGUGGCGACUGGACUCUCUCGCGCUGUUGCUCUCUGCUGCCUUCUGUCACUCAUGAACUGUACGCGUCACUGACAAACGUGUAGUCUGCUGCGUUCUUGCGUUGGCAUCAGUGAUUGGACAAGAUUAAAGCUCAGGCCAACCAUCCCACCGUCUCACCAUCCCACCUUCUCACCAUCCCACCAUGGGCGUCUCUAGGCAGCUCCAGGGGAUGUUUGUGCUCCUGUUUGUGGGCUAUCUGGUCACUGUGUACUUACGACAAGCCGUGUCCUUCGCCUCACCCACCAUCAUGGAGUCAGAGCAGCUGAAGAACAGUGACAUCGGUUUAAUGCUGAGCAGUCAGAUGACGGGCUACAUGGUAGUCAAGUUCCUGGGAGGGACGCUGGUGGACGUACUGGACCCGGGUCUUACCCUGUCGGUCAGUCUCUGUCUGGCCGGGCUGGCUGCUGCUGCCUUCACAGCCCAGUCAUCGGUCGUGUUGUUCGCUGGGUUCUGGUUCCUGUGCGGAGUGGCUCAGGGCCCAGCCUGGGCAGCCUGCGGGGUCAUGCUCAAGAAGAACUUUCCGUCGGAUCAGCUGGCCACCUGGUGGAGCGUUCUCUCCACGUCCACCAACGUCGCUGGCACGGCCGGACCUCUGGUUUCGGGGUUUUUGAUUUACUAUUACAACUGGAAGACAGCCAUGCUGGUGGCCAGAAGUGGCUUCAUCAGUAGUCAAGAGAUCGGAGGAAUUGUGGGAUCUCUCAUCACCGGCAUCAUCUCAGACUACCUCGUUGCCAAGCACUCUGGCCGGACCACGCCCCGCCUCUACCUGGUCCUCAGCCUGACAGUGUUACAGACGGCCAGCCUCUACCUCUUUGUCUUCCACGUCUCCGCACAGUCCUCACAGGUGUGGAUCAGCGCGCUGGCGUUCUGUGUGGGCUUCUCCAUGUACUCCUGUAUCUCCCUGCUGGGAAUCUGCUCAAUGGAGGUGGCGCCCGAGAGUUUAUCGGGGACUGCUCACUCUAUGGCCGCGCUCGGGGGAAACAUCGGUCGUGUGUUGGCCGGGUACCCGCUGAGCGUUGUGGCCACCUGGUGGUCGUGGCAGGAGAGUUUCUACCUGGCCCUGGCGUUCAGCGUUGCGUCUGUGGCCGUGACCGCGCUGGGCUGCAAGUUGCUGAAAGACCGCUACCGACGACGGGAGGAGGAGGAGAAGAAGCUCAAGGCCAGCUAGAGAGAGAGAGAGAGAGACUGAGACGUGCAUGCGAUGAGAUUUGGUUGGCGGAGAUUUUUUUGUGUUGAUGGACCGUCUUCCACAGUUUCUGCCGGUGGAUGUCUCGGUAUAAACAUAUUUCUGUCCCCGUCGUUUUAUGCAAGAAAAAUUCUGAAAUUAUGCAAACUGAGCCCAAAAAUGUGAAAUUAUGCA